AUCUACUUAUCCAGUGGCACCCCAACGUCCUCGUUUAGAAUAUGAAGGUGCUCAUGUACCUCCCGGCCAUAAUAUCACUGUGGACUCUGGCUCUUUGGCUACGGUUAAAUGUGUCUCUCACUAUGGUAAUCCACCUGCCACACUUAAGUGGUUUCUGGGUGACCAAGAAAUUGAACCCAUUCAUCCGCAAACAAAUGCCACCGAACCAGAUAAUCCACGUACUUGGUCGGCCACCUCAGUGGUACAAUUGACAGCAAUGCGUGAAAGACAUGGUGAUAUCCUACGCUGUUUGGCUUAUCAUGAAUCGUAUACAGCAAAAACGGUACCAGUGGAAGCCAGAUUAGAUGUUAAAUACGCACCAACAAUACGUCUAAUUGGCUCACCGGAAAUCGACUUGGAAGAGGAUAAAGAUGCACUGAUAUUACGCUGUGUAGCGGAUGCCAAUCCACCAGCAAGUAUUGUCUGGCGUCGUGCAGGACGUUCAGAAAUUGCCAGUCUACAGGAAACUCUACAAUUACGUCCUGUUGGCCGACGUGAUGCUGGUCUUUAUACCUGUCAAGCACAAAAUUCUGUAGGCACUUCGGAGCAACUAUCCGUGCAAUUGGAUGUUAAAUGUAAGUUUAUUGGGGUCUCUGUUUCUGUUUAA